AGGUGUCGCAAGCCAGUCCAGGCCGUUACUCUGGUAGGUACCUGGGCACACCACCAGGCCACCAGACAGGUCACAGAAUAUUCGGGACGUCCGUCUGCUGGCGUGGACAGCGUGCUGGUGAAGAAGUAUCAUGUGACUAAGAAUAAAAACAGCUACAGUCUAUGUAAGAGUUCAAUAAGUUGGUCAUAUAGCAUUCAAGUGGAUAUAGCUACAACCGAAAGGUCAGUGUGUAUCCUAUACAAAGAAAAUGGAUCUUAUGUUUUACAUGUAUGGUUAUUAUAAUCCAUCAUACAAAACAUUCAUAGCUUUCCAGGUAUUCUCAGGCUGUUGUCAUGAAUUUAAAAAUAACCAAAACCCAGCUUGAAUCCUCUUCAUAGUUUGAGAAUCUUAUAGGUUUAAUUACGGGUUGUAUUGUUUGAAACACGUGACUAAUUUCCCAGCACUGUCACGUCUUUUUAGAUAUGGCAAAUUUCAAACAGUUGCAUGACGCUAUUUUGGAUGCAGAACCAUCGAGGCAGGUUAUCGCAAAACAUUUUAUCUCAAUGGCCUGUAUCACAGACCUGUAGAUACAGAUGUCAAAUAGAAAUGGUCGUUUAAAUGGCGUAAAGCAUUUUUUUUUAAUAUCUUAGUUAUCGCCGGGUUUACGCUGCCACCGAAACUGACUUUCGUUUGUACGUUUUUCUUGAUAAUUCUAUAUAAUGUGAACCACUGGUGUAGGAAGGGUGGGGCGGCAAAGAUUUUUCCCCGCCCCUGUUGGCACUAAACCUAGGUACGCCGCUAAUGUGGACUCCUACAGAUUAGAAGACAAACCUUCCCCCACCCCCCCCCCCCUUCCGAAUUGGAAACGUUAAGACGUAGCAAUAAUCAUAAUUUGCCUUUUCAAAACACUUGUACUUCAUUAACCUUUCACCACCCCCCCCCCCCUUCCGAAUUGGAAACGUUAAGACGUAGCAAUAAUCAUAAUUUGCCUUUUCAAAACACUUGUACUUCAUUGAAAAUUAUGAUCUUCUCCAGCCUACUCGUACUGACCAAGCUUUUAAUUGAACUGUUCUCAAACCAUAGGUCUCGACCCAUUUGAGGGAUCGAACGACCCUUUCAUAGGGAGGCGCCUAAGACCAUCGGAAAACGAAUUUUUAUGAAGUAGCAACGAAAAAUUUUUUUUUACGUUUAGAGGUCACCACGAUAUGAGGAACUGUAUUAAAAUGUCGAAGGUUGAGAACCACUGCUCUAAUGGGAAUGCUGGAUAACCUACAAAGUAAACAAUAGUUCGAAAGUUUUUGGUGAAUAUUACGAUUAAAAAAGCUAGAAUAAUUCUAGCCAUAGUAAUAUUGAUGUAUGUUAAUAGUGAAUGAUAAAGGCGAAAUUCCUAGUAAGCGCUCUUUAAAAUUUAGAAGCUUUUCUAAAAACACGAUUUCUCGUUUGUACAGACACAGUAAUCGGAGCAGCACUUGUGCUUUGCUGAGUAAAUAGUCUUUGAAAUUUAAGGUUGUUCCUUUAAAAAAAAAUAUAUUUGGGAGCUGAUGUGACAGAUAAUAACUUAUGGUUUUGGACCUUGACUUCACUCCUGCUCCUUGGUAAACCGUUUGCCCAAUCGCAGGCAAUGCGCUGCUACCGAUGCUCCCGAUUUCUCAAUAGAUUUAGUUGUCACUGAAACAACUCUAGUGUUGCUACUUCUGAGGGUUACUACCACUGAUGCAGGCAGAAAACAUAGAUUUAUGACUUCAGACUUGUCCUUUCAGACUUAUGACUUCAGACUUAUGACUUUAGUCUUAUGGCCUCCGGCAUUAUAACUUCAGACUUGUGACUACAGACUUAUGAGUUCAGUCUUAUGAAGCGAGGCUUAUGACUUCAGGCGUAUGACUUCAGGCGUAUGACUUCAGGCGUAUGACUUCAGGCGUAUGACUUCAGACUUGUGACUUCAGACAUAUGACUUCAGACUUUUGACUUCAAUCUUAUGACGUGAGGCUUAAGCUUGAGGCUUAUGACUUCAUACUUUUGACUUCAGACUUAUGACUUCAGACUUGUUGUGAUUUUAAUGGUGGAUUCAAAAGAAAUUAAAAUGUGUCGUCACCUAUUACUGAAAUGUUUAAUUAUAAUCUUCAGAGUCGUUUUUUUCAAUUUACAUUUUUUGCGACUCUAUAUUUGCCUCACCAAAAAAAAAUAAAUUAUGGGCUGGCAGAUCUAAGAUCGAUGACCCCAUCUAAUGAAGGAUUUACAAGACAGUACUUCUGGGAACAUGUCUAGUGCGAUUCUUCCCAAAACCAAGCAGAGCUACUGUUACCCUGUCUGAGACCGCUAAUGUAAAGACCCUGAUGAACGUGACCUGUUCUUUAAAAAAAAAAAAGAAUUAGUUGCUACCAAACUGGGAUUGUUUGAAUAAAUAAAUAACUUUUCACCACACGUUCAAUAGUCACGCCAUCUAGGGGUUAAGACCCCCAUAUUUCAAUGUUAUUUAAAAUUGUUACAAAAUUUUGUACAAAAAAAAUCGUUUUUUUUCCUUCCUUCAUAGCAAUGGAAAUAUGUUGUUGUUGUUGUUGUUGUUGUUGUUUUAAAGUUCCGUUUUUUUUUAAAACUGUUUUUUUUAAUACUGUCUUGCAAAGAUAAAAUUCAUCUAAAUGUGACAACAAAAAUUAACUUCCCGCCAACCCUCUAAAAAUAGACAGGUCUCCCCCCUCCCCACACACACACCUUUUCAACAACAACAAAAAAUCCCACCCGCCCUUUAAAGAUAAACGCCCAGUAUUGCCCCCCCCCCACCCCACAACCCUUUCUGCCACCUUCCAAACAUAUCUCCCAGUGAAUCUGGUGUGACGUCCCAGACUGAGGCCCGAUUAUGGUCAAACAAUGUAACCCAUGCCCCAGCAUGCACCGUUGUUCCAACAGUACCGUUACUGCCAGGCGCCAUGACCAAUUCACUUAUCCCUUGGUCCACUGCGACACGACUGGUCACCACAGCUUCAGGAUAUGUUGUAAUGUGUCAUAGUAAAAAUUGAACAAGCAAUGUGUUGAUUAUAACGACAUACUUUUAUGUUCACUAGGGAUAAGGAAACGAUCUACAAUUUUGGAAUAUCUGGGGAAAAAAAUUGGUAAUCGGUUAAAAAUUAUGCCAAGUAUCGAUGUUUUGGUAACAUUGACUCGAUAUUUUCAGCGUUAAAAUAGUUUGUUAAUUAAAAGAGAAUAAUGAAUUAACCAGAUGUAAUGAAAAAGUGUCCAAAGUAGAUUAUAAUACAUUAACUAGAUGCAUUUCAAGUAAAUUGCGUUGUAUUUGUGAAUAGCAUAAUGAAAAACUGUUCAAAAUAUAUUAUGUGAUGAACGACAAAACGUAUUUCCUGUGUGAGUGGGAGCAUAUGAAUUAAACAUUAAAGUAAUGCUUUCAAACCUGGUUGAGUUAUAAAGUACAAGUAAACGAAAUCUUUUAAUUUAAGGUAAGGAAAAUUGUGUGUCAUGGUGUAUCCGAUUACGCUUUCGAAUAACGCAUUUUUUUUUCUUCUUCGAUUACAGAUUAAUUGUCCGUCAUAUUCAAGAGCGAGAAACAAUCUUUAAAAAAACAACAACUGGAAAACACCUUUUUCUUUUCUAUUUUAUGAGCGACGAAGAUGCCAGCUAGACAGUUCUCAACCCUUCAACUGCUUGUCACCUCGACGCUAAUGGUUCACCUGGUGACAUCGCAGCCCCCGAGGCACACCUACGACCUCACCGUCAAGUACUUCGCCGACGUCAGCAUGGUGUGCGACCACCCCGAGCUGAACAUCACCCUGGCGACCGACGUCCUCUCCCUGAGCUGGAUGUUCCCCGACGGCGGCGUGCGGGACGCCAACACCCGGCCCGACCGCCGCUUCUACUCGCUCCUCGGACCGGACACGUCCCGCGACCCCAGGUACUCGGCCUACAACCUCACGGCGCACAGCGUGGACGACAGAGUGUUCGGCUACUACACGUGUAUCGUCGUGUACUCUCGGCCCGAGAAACCCCCGGCCGUCAUCAGGUGGGGACUCAACGUGGACGGGGCCGACUUCUCGGAGCUGAUGGAGACGUACAAGACGAACGCCAUCAUCGGCGGGUGUGCCGCAGCGGCCAUGCUGCUGAUUGUCGGGGGCGGAUGUCUGAUCUGGAACAUUCGAAAUAACAGACGCAGUGACUCGCGUAACAGUGGCGGGGAAGACAAGGAGGUGUAUGAGGACGCAGAGGAGGUCCCUAAGGAGAAGAUCAACGUGCAGCACAACCAAGCGUACUCCAGCGACAUCGAGACAGCAGACGGAGACAUCCACGCUGAAAAUGGUGGAAAUGGCUUCAGUGUUAAGAUGUAGAUCUAUAAUGUUGUCAUCCAAGGGAUCCCUUGUUCUGACUCAUUGUACCCAAGAUUACUAUUACCAUUCGUUGCAUUAAUACAGCACAAAUGAUACAUGCUAAUAAAAGUAGCGUAACAGUUAAUUAUCAACUCUUACUUCCGUAAUAUACAAACAUUGUAACACACCUUUAUUUAUAUAUUUAUACAUUUGGUCAGGUGACUUUUGUGGAUCUAUAUCUUCAUUUGGUUAGGUGAGGUUUCUGGAUAUAUAUUUAUUUGUUCAGGUGAUGUUUGUGAAUAUAUAUUUAUGUCGAUUUUCGGAGCAUCUUCAUCUAGAGCAGGGAUUCUUAACUUUUUUGUUUCAAGGACCCUUUUGUCAAAGGAUGGCUUCUUAGAAUAAAGUUUUUAUUGCGUGACAUAAUUGACAAAGAAAUGCAGUUCAAGGAACCCCUGGCACAAUUUCAGGACCAAUUUCUACAUUGAUCCCAGGUUAAGAGCCUUUGAUCUAAGAGUAAUUUUUUUAAAAAACAUUUCAAUUUGUCAAAAAUAUUAUUUUAAAUUACGAACCCUCAUAAGUACCUUUUAGCUACAACAACCCUCUUAAAUACCCCUAUAGCUACAACAACUCUCAUAAAUACCUUUCUAUCUACAACAACUCUCAUAAAUACCCUUCUAGCUACAACAACUCGAAUAAAUACCUUUCUAGCUACAACAACUCCAAUAAAUACCCUUCUAGCUACAACAACUCUCAUAAAUACCCUUCUAGCAACAACAACUCGAAUAAAUACCUUUCUAGCUACAACAACUCCAAUAAAUACCCUUCUAGCAACAACAACUCGAAUAAAUACCUUUCUAGCUACACCAACUUUCAUAAAUACCCUUCUAGCUACAACAACUCCAAUAAAUACCCUUCUAGCAACAACAACUCCAAUAAAUACCUUUCUAGCUACAAACACUUUCAUAAAUACCCUUCUAGCUACAACAAAACUCAUAAAUACCCUUCUAGCUACAACAACUCUCAUAAAUACCCUUCUGGCUGCAAUGAUAUCGUUAAAUAAAUAUUCCAGCGAUACUCGCGUCAUGCUAUGUCAAGAACACUGCACUUACAGAAUAAAUCAGUCGAAGGGAUUCUAAACAAUUUGUAUUAAUUGCAAUUUAUAUCACAGGGAAUAAAGACUGGGUAAUCUCAUAACAAUGAUUUGUGUAGAUACAUAAAUUAUGUUUAAGAAAUAGAAGCUAAUAACUUUUGUGUAUUUACCAGCAACAUACAAACAAUUUUAAUGUAACCUUUCAUUUGGAUGCUACUUGUGAGAUUGUAACCUUUCAUUUGGAUGCUACUUGUGAGAUUGUGAACUUUCAUUUGGAUGCUACUUGUGAGGUUGUGAACUUUCAUUUGGAUGCUACUUGUGAGAUUGUAACCUUUCAUUUGGAUGCUACUUGUGAGGUUGUAACCUUUCAUUUGGAUGCUACUUGUGAGAUUGUAACCUUUCAUUUGGAUGCUACUUGUGAGAUUGUAACCUUUCAUUUGGAUGCUACUUGUG